AAUACCCGUAGAAGCUUAGGUGAGAAACGACCAAACCAAAAGCCCCCAAGGAGCUCGACCUGUCUCUCACUCCCUCUCUCUCUCUCUCUCUCCUCACGAAGACCGUCUGUAUUUGACUUUGGCGUGUGCGGAAGCUCUUCGCGGGGAGAGCUGAGAGCGGAAUGACGAGAAUGCCACUGAGCUUGGCGCCCAUGGCGGACCUGGAAGCUCUGGUUUCCAGCUGGUGGGACGUGAUCAAUGAGUCCACUCGGUGGCAGGACGGGAUCUUCUACACUCUCUGCGCCCUUUACGCACUUGUCUCCUCCGUUGCUCUGAUUCAAUUGAUAAGGAUUGAGAUGAGAGUGCCCGAAUAUGGUUGGACAACUCAGAAAGUUUUCCAUCUUAUGAACUUCAUUGUGAAUGGAGUACGUGCGAUUGUGUUCGGAUUUCACACUCAAGUAUUUUACUUGCAUCCAAAGGUUCUAAUUUUAGUGUUAUUGGAUCUUCCCGGUCUUCUAUUUUUCACUACAUAUACACUCCUUGUCCUUUUUUGGGCUGAGAUUUAUCACCAGGCAAGAAGUUUACCAAGCGAGAAGCUCAGGCUUGUUUAUAUUUCAGUUAAUGCUUGGAUAUAUGCUAUACAGAUUGGCAUCUGGAUAUACCUUUGGAUCGAUGACAACAGCGUUGUAGAAUUCAUCGGAAAGAUAUUUAUUGCAGUGGUGUCAAUUAUAGCUGCAGUAGGUUUCUUGCUAUAUGGAGGAAGAUUAUUUUUCAUGUUGAGACGCUUUCCUAUCGAAUCAAAAGGAAGACGGAAGAAACUUCAUGAGGUUGGAUCUGUUACAGCUGUAUGUUUCACCUGCUUUCUCAUAAGAUGCUUUGUGGUUGUUUUAUCUGCUUUUGAUACAGAUGCUUCGCUUGAUGUUUUGGAUCAUCCCGUUUUGAACUUGAUCUACUACAUGUUGGUUGAGAUCCUGCCUUCAGCUCUAGUCCUUUACAUCCUGCGUAAGUUGCCUCCCAAGAGAAUAUCAGCCCAAUAUCACCCCAUCCGUUGACCAUGGUGCAUCUUGGAUCUUGGUGUUCUUUUUCCCAUCAAAAAAAAGAUUUUUCUUAGUUUGGGAGUUAGAUCCUAUUGGAGUUCAGCAGGAGGAGAGCCAAGAAAAAGAAAAUCCAGAUGUAGCAUUCUGGUUGGCUCAUGACGCCGGCAAUUCUUUUCUUUUUUCAUGUAUAUUAAUUCCAUUCUGUUUGCAGCUUGUUGGAGGGGAGAAUUUGAAUUAAUUUCUUCAAUUCUUCUUGGGUUAUGUGACUUCAAGAACUGGUUAUGUGGUAAUAUUGGUCAACAUAUGGAAAAAAGGAAAGUUUUUUUGUAACUUCUAUGUUUUAGGUCUCACCUCAGUAUGUGGUUAGGGUUAAAAAUUGGUUUUUGCUGAAUAAUUAUUAGAGACAAUUUGUUAUUUGUCCCUCAAAAUAACAUAUCACAUGAUAUUUUUAGUUGCUUUUAGGUAUUUAUGUAAAGAUUUAUACAUUUGAGCCAUCAGUGAGGUUAGAAGUGGAUGAACUUUCUAUAUUGUUUACUUUAUUA